AAUUCGCCUUCCCGUGCCGCGGACUAUGGGUUUGCAACCUCACCCAAACACCACAACCCUGCGCCCGCCCGACUGAGCGAGUCCCCAACGGCAAUCCCAACCCGCUGCCGCAAAGCCGCGCAGGCUUAAACUGCGCCCAGACGAGGAUCAUGGCGACCACCUCCAACAUGUUCCUGUACUCGCUGACGAUCCAGCCGCCAACGAACGUCGUCCAAGCAGUCCUGGGUCAGUUUGGAGGCACCCGUGAGCAGCUUAUUGUCACUGCUUCUGGCUCGCGCUUGAACCUUCUGCGGCCAGAUCCCAACCUGGGCAAGGUGCACACCGUUCUGAGCCAUGAUGUCUUUGGCAUCGUCCGCUCCCUCGCUCCGUUUCGCGUCACGGGCAGCAACAAGGACUUCAUCAUCGUCUCAUCUGACUCCGGGCGCAUUACCAUUGUCGAGUAUUUGCCAGAGGAGAACCGGUUCUCGCGAGUCCACAUGGAGACAUAUGGCAAGUCUGGCAUCAGACGGGUCGUUCCAGGCGAAUAUCUCGUCUGUGAUCCUAAGGGCCGCGCGUUCCUUGUUGCCUCGAUAGAGAAGAACAAGCUAGUCUACAUCCUAAAUCGCGUCUCGGGCGCCGCCAAUCCCGACGGCAACCUGGCUGCGGAGCUGACCAUCUCGUCGCCGCUUGAAGCCCACAAGCCCCGCGUUCUAGUUCUCUCCAUGGUCGCCCUCGACGUUGGCUAUUCCAAUCCUGUUUUCGCCGCCCUCGAGAUCAACUGCUCUGCUCUCGAUCCCGACGCUACCGAGGAGGCUCUCGAAGAAGUCCAAACCCAGCUUGUUUACUAUGAGCUGGACCUGGGUCUCAAUUACGUUGUGCGCAAAUGGUCGGAGCCUGUCGACCCUACGGCGUCAAUGCUUUUCCAGGUCCCAGGAGGAGCAGACGGCCCUAGUGGUGUGCUGGUCUGUGGCCUGGAAAGCAUCACGUACAUGCACAGCAAUCAAGAGCCACUGCGCAUCGCAAUUCCGCGCCGCAGAGGAGCAACCGAGGACCCCAACAGGAAGCGUUCGAUAGUUUCCGGCAUUAUGCACAAGCUCAAGGGCAGUAGCGGGGCGUAUUUCUUUCUUCUGCAGACCGAUGACGGCGAUCUUUUCCGCGUCACGAUGGACAUGAUCAAGGAUGACGACGACAAGGCUACGGGAGAAGUGAGGAGGCUCACUAUCAAAUACUUUGAUACCGUGCCGGUUGCGUCUAGCUUCUGCAUCUUGAAGAGCGGCUUCCUGUACGUGGCCAGUCAGUUCGGCAACCCCUGCUUCUACCAGUUUGAGAAGCUGGGAGACGACGACGAUGAGCUCGAAUUCAGCAGCGAUGACUUUCCUGUGGAUCCGCAAGCACCCUACGACCCCGUCUACUUCCAUCCCCGACUCGCAGAGAACAUCACAAUGUUUCAAAGCAUUCCGUCCAUGAAUCCCCUUAUGGAUUGCAAGGUUGCCAACUUGACGGGCGAGGACGCACCUCAAAUAUACACAGUCUGCGGCAACGGAGCACGCAGCUCGUUUCGCAUGCUGCGUCACGGCCUGGACGUCACUGAAAUCGUCGGGUCUGGGUUACCUGGAGCUCCAGUCGCCGUCUGGACUCUUAAGCUGCACCGAGAGGACCAGUACGACGCGUACAUUGUCCUUUCCUUUGGCAAUGGCUCCCUGAUUCUCAGUAUCGGAGAAACGGUCGAGGAAGUCAGCGACUCGGGCUUCCUCACAACAGUCCCAACUCUAGCAGCACAGCUCCUUGGCGAUAACAGCCUCCUCCAAGUUCACCCCAAGGGCAUUCGGGUCGUCCGCAACGGUCAGGCCUCCGACUGGGAGGUACCGCAACAUCGAUCCAUCGUCGCCGCCGCGACUAACUCCAAGCAAGUUGCCGUUGCUCUCAGCUCUGGAGAAAUCAUAUAUUUCGAGGCGGACGAUGAAGGUAGCCUAAACGAGUUCGAAGAACGGAAGGCCAUGUCCGGAACCGUGACCGCGCUCAGCUUGGGCGACGUACCCGAGGGGCGGGUCCGCAGCUCCUUCUUGGCUGUCGGUUGCGACGAUUGCACAGUCCGCGUCCUUAGUCUGGAUGCUGGCACUACGUUGGAGAGCAAGUCGGUCCAGGCCCUGACUGCGGCUCCCACGUCCUUGGCCAUUAUUACUAUGGACGACUCCUCGUCGGGUGGCUCAACGUUAUAUCUACACAUUGGCUUGUAUUCAGGUGUUUACCUGCGCACAGUCAUCGAUGAAGUGUCGGGUGAGCUUACCGACACUCGCCAAAAAUUCCUCGGCCCGAAGCAGGUCAAGUUGUUCCAGCUCGCUGUCGAGGGGAAAACCUGCGUGCUGGCCUUGAGCUCACGGCCUUGGCUCGGCUAUCCAGACCCCAUUACCAAGAGCUUUGUUAUGACACCUCUGAAUUUCUCCGAGCUGCAGUGGGGCUGGAACUUCCAGAGUGAGCAAUGCGAAGAAGGCUUGGUGACAAUUCACGGCCAAGAGCUGAGCAUCCUCUCAAUCGAACGUCUGGGCGACACAAUCAGCCAAAAGGCCGUGUCCCUUACCUAUACGCCAAGAAAGCUCAUCAAGCACCCCGAGGUGCCCAUCUUCUAUACCAUCGAGGCCGACAACAACACGCUCUCGCCAGAUCUGCGUGACAAGCUGCUCGCAGAUCCGGCUGCUGUUAACGGCGAUGCGGCCAUUCUGCCCCCAGCUGAGUUCGGAUAUCCCAAGGGUAAUCGACGCUGGGCAUCCUGCAUCAGCGUCAUCGACCCCGUCUCCGGCGACGAGCCACAGGUUCUACAGACUCUGGAGCUCCAAGACAACGAGUCCUUCGUCAGUGCUGCCAUUGUCCCGUUUGCCAGUCAGGAUGGUGAGCAUUUCCUCGUCGUGGGAACGGGCAAGAACGUCGUCGUGAACCCCAAAAGCUUCACAGAAGCCUACAUCAGCAUCUACCGGCUAGGUAAUGACGGACGUGAAGUCGAGUUUGUCCACCGCACGACCGUGGAGGAUCUCCCUAUGGCACUGCUUCCAUUCCAAGGGAAAGUCCUGGCCGGUAUCGGCAAGACGUUGCGGAUGUACGAUUUGGGCAUGAGGCAGCUGUUGCGUAAGGCUCAGGCCGAAGCAGCUCCUCGGCAGAUCGUGUCGCUUAACACCCAGGGUAACCGAAUCAUUGUGGGCGACGUCCAGCAUGGCAUCACAUAUGUGGCAUACAAGCCGGCAUCCAACAAACUGAUACCCUUUGUGGACGACACUGUUGCGCGCUGGACAACCACCAUGACAAUGGUUGACUACGAAUCGGUGGCCGGUGGGGACAAAUUUGGCAAUAUCUUCAUCGUAAGGUGCCCUACCAAGGCCAGUGCGGAAGCGGACGAAGAGGACACAGGAGUCCACCUCCUGAAUGCCAGAGGCUACCUCCACGGCACCGCCAAUCGGCUCGAUCUGAUGUGCCACUUCUUCACUCAGGACAUCCCGACAAGCCUUGCCAAGACUAGCCUCGUUGUUGGUGGACAGGACGUGCUGCUGUGGAGCGGGCUCAUGGGCACGAUCGGUGUCUUCAUCCCACUUGUCAGUCGAGAGGAUGCCGACUUUUUCCAGAGCCUCGAGCAGCACCUGCGCACCGAUGACCCACCGUUGCUGGGACGAGACCACCUAAUGUAUAGGGGCUACUAUGCGCCUGUGAAGGGUGUCAUUGACGGCGAUCUCUGCGAGAGAUACAACCUGCUGCCCAACGACAAGAAGAUGAUGAUUGCUGGAGAGCUCGAUCGCUCCGUGCGAGAAAUCGAGCGGAAGAUAUCCGUAAUGCGCUUCCGUCCGCCACACCCCUAGAAAAAUGCUGACAGAGCCAAACAGGAUAUCCGCACGCGGGCGGCGUUCUAAAGACCCCAGUGUCUGAGGUCGGUCAUCGGCAUGUGUGCGAGCGAUGUGUAAGAAUUUGUGUAUUGUUGUUACACGUCGAAUCGAUUACAACCCUCGGAAUAUGUACGGAGCAACAAACCCCUGAGCGACCAGGGAAUGGCAUCCAAGAUAUGGAUGUUACGAUUUCUCUGGAAUCGAAGCAUGUAUGGAGACUGCUCAAGUCCCUCUCCGCCCCCACGCCAUUAACAAGAUGCAAAGGUGCGACACUCGGCUUACGGUCUUCGCCGAAAGGUGUCACAAUUCUUGGCGACGUUCUUAGCCGAACCAACCUUACCCAACCGCUGCAUGGGAUGACUUUUUUCCCAUGCUUCGUCGUCGAAGAAGGCUUCGAUGGAAGCCCCGAGAUCAUAGGCGGACUGUUCCAGAUACAAGAGAGCGACGUCGUAGUCGGAGACCUUGCACGAGGUCAUGAAGCGACGGAUUUUACUCUUGCGAAGCUCUUCGUCUUCGCCAUCCACCGGUCGGGGAGAGAGGCUCACGCCUGCUCGAUAAUAUUCGGCCGGUAUCAGGACUGUCUUGCGACCGACAAGCAGGUGGUCGCUUGUUAUGUUGUUGGUGCGACGCAGCGCAGCCGCCGGGACAUCGUAUUUGAGGGACAGAGUCGCGAUGCUGUCGUGCUCAUGAUCCAGGAAAUGAAGCGUGUCUUGUGCGGCAGCCUCGCUUUUCUCAGGGUCUCCAGCGAGCGCUGUCUUCUCGUGCAACUCGGGUGUGCCUGAGGUAGCAGUGGGGGUGUACGGCGGCGGCGCAGAAGACGCCUCUGUUGUAGUAGCCCUAGUGGACGGGAUGGAAGUGUAUGAUGGAGGGUCUUUCAGCCUCUGUGGCAGCGGCGAGGGCGCGGUUGACACUUGGCAAUACGGGCAGUACCUUGCGAAACGAGGAUUGUCCUGGCAGGCUUGUAUCAGCGGAGCCUGACUGUCAUGGCGACCGGGCGGGGUGAGGAGCGUACCUGAACGCAUUUGCCACAGAUGAUUCUCCCACAGCACUCAACUCUCCGAUCCUGCGGCAGAGCCUUGUUGGCUGCUGGGGAGAGGGUCUGAGGCAGUAUAAUGGCGCAGGUGCUGCAAGAUUCCAUGCUCAGCUAGACAACAAGAGUGAAAGUGAACAGGUGAAUGGAAGCAAGAUGACGAUGACGCCGCCUCGUCAUUCUUCGUUUGUGAUGGGGACACUGCGCCGUUGCGGCGCCUCGAAAUGUCGGCCGGCGAUAUAGCCAAUCACGUCAUGGACUGCGAAG